GAUAGUGUGUGGGAGAAUUAUUGUGGGCCUAGAUCAAAGUACUGCAUAUUAUACUGAAAUGUUUCUUCAAGUUUGCUUUAGUGAUGUCAGUAUUUUUUUUCAGAUGCCACGAAAAUAUAAAAGAAUAUCCAAUAGAGGGGCACCAGAGGACGUUCUACAUAGAGCAAGUGAACAAGUAAAGGGAGGAAGUAGCAUCCGUGCAGCUGCUAAUGACUUUAAUAUUGCAAGAAUGACCCUCACGAGAUACAUGGAUAAGUGUAAUGCACAAACUGGACAGCAUGAUGAACGAAAUGAAGCUUUUGGCUAUGAAAAAUGUCGACUGACAAACAUGAUUUUUUCUGCAGUGAUGGAAGAUGACUUGGCGACACAUAUCAAGACUUUAGCGGAACAAUUUCACGGACUUAGUAGGAAUAAAUGUCGCUCACUGAUUUUUGAAUAUGCUAUGAGAAACAAUGUGACGGUGCCUAAUUCGUGGAAAGAAAAUGGAAUGACUGGUGAACACUUUUGGAUAUCAUUUAAAGAAAGAAAUCAUCUUGCAAUCCGAACACCAGAGGCAACAUCUCUCGCCAGGGCAAGUGCCUUCAAUCGUUAUAACGUUGGCAAAUUUUAUGAUAACCUCGGACAAGUUAUGGACCUGCACAAAUUUGAAUGUCAUGAUAUCUACAACUGCGACGAGACGGGGUGUACUACAGUUUCGCCGCCUGAAAACAUUGUGGCUAAACAAGGAGUUAAACAAGUGGGGUCAAUCACCUCUGCAGAAAAGGGGCAACUUGUCACCGCCGUGUACACCAUUAACGCGGCAGGUAGCGUCGUUCCACCAAUGCUUAUUUUCCCACGGAAAAACGUCCGAGAUUAUUUCACCAAAAAUGGUCCCCCCGGGUGUAUUGGAGGUGCAAAUCCAAGUGGAUGGAUCAAUGAAGAGCUAUUCUUGGGUUAUCUGAAACAUUUCAUACGCCAUACAAGAUGCAGCAAGGAGAAGAAAGUUUUGCUGAUCUUAGAUAAUCACGAGACUCAUAUCUCUCUUGCAGUCAUCGACUUGGCUAAAGAAAAUGGUGUAAUAUUAUUAACAAUACCACCACACACUAGUCACAAGUUACAACCUCUGGAUGUGAGCUGUUUUAAACCUUUCAAGACGGCAUAUGCUCGACCUGUUGAAAAUUGGAUGCGUUCAAAUCCAGGAAAAACAAUUACGAUCUAUGAAAUCCCUGAAUUCACUUCUCAUGCUCAGUUGCAUGGUCUUACUGCCAAAAACAUUAUUUCUGCGUUUCAAAGUACAGGAAUUUACCCCUACAACCGGGAUGUGUUCAGUGAAACCGACUUUGCGCCAGCCACAGUAACUAAUAGAGAUCUUCCAGAGGAAUUAGAGGGAAAUGUUGAACUGCUAGUUCCUUCUGAACAAACCACUGAAACCCCCAAGGCAGGUUCAAGUACUACAGAACCACCAGCUGUCCAGCCAGGUCCACGUACUACAGAACCACUAGUUGUCCAGCCAGGUCCAACUACUACAGAACCACCAGCUGUCCAGCCAGGUUCAAGUACUACAGAACCACCAGCUGUCCAGCCAGGUUCAAGUACUACAGAACCACCAGCUGUCCAGCCAGGUCCACGUACUACAUAACCACCAGUUGUCCAGCCAGGUCCAACUACUACAGAACCACCAGCUGUCCAGCCAGGUUCAAGUACUACAGAACCACCAGCUGUCCAGCCAGGUUCAAGUACUACAGAACCACCAGCUGUCCAGCCAGGUCCACGUACUACAGAACCACCAGCUGUCCAGCCAGGUCCACGUACUACAGAACCACCAGCUGUCCAGCCAGGUCCAAGUACUACAGAACCACCAGCUGUCCAGCCAGGUCCACAUACUACAGAACCACCAUCUGCCCAGCCAGGUCCACGUACUACAGAACCACUAGUUGUCCAGCCAGGUCCAAGUACUACAGAACCACCAGCUGCCAAACCAGGUCCAAGUUCCCUAGGAACACCAGCUUCCCAACCAGGGCCAAGUAACACUUAUGUAUCACCUGCUGAUAUUGUUCCACUGCCAAAAGCUGGGCCACGAAAAGUCACCAACAGAGGUCGCAAAAGAGGGGAUACAAACAUUUUAACCAAUACCCCAGUACGCAAUAGUAUAGCUGAGGCACUAGCUGCCAGUCAAACUAACAAACGGAAGGCCAAACAACCAGUCAAACCCAAAGCAAGAAAGAAGUUGUUUAAAAGUAAAGCAAAAAAAUGCCAAACUCCAUCAACUUCAUCAGAGGAAAGUGGUUCUGAUGAUGUGAAAUUCACAGAAAGUGGUGAUAGCGAUGUUGAUGACCUAGAUUGUGAAAUUAUUGAAGGUGAUUUUGCAGUUGUAAAAUUUGAGUCUGCCAAAUCACGUAUUGUGCAUUAUAUAGCACGGAUUGAUGUCAUUGAUGGGGAUGAGUGUGAAGGGGUUUUCCUUAAACGAGAAUUCAGUCGUCAGCAGACGACACCUACAUUUUGCAUCAACAACAAUGAUAAUGCAUCAUUUCCUAAGAAUGACAUCAUCAUGAAG